AUGAGUAUUAUUCCUGCUGCUUUGGUAGGAUCCCUGUGGGUGCUUCUGCGGCCGUUAAACAUCAGCAUCGCCUUUGGCGCCUACAUCGGUUGGCAAGUAAUCUACGCGCCGUACUUUUCACCGCUGCUCCGCUGUGCCGAGCAUGAACUAAUGAUGAAGCACAAUCAGAUCUACGGCAGUCUUUUUAUUAUGAGCCCGCAUCGAGUGACAAUCUGCGAUCCCAAGAACAGCUCUACAAUUCUAGGCACCUAUACCUUCCUCAAGGACCACAUGUAUCAGAAGAUCAAGCCGAUUGAGAAGUGGGAUAAGGCUAAAGAAAGAAAAAUGGAAAGAAGGCGCGGAUCUGGUACCACAAUGACCUUUAUGCUGAUGAUAUUUGCCAUUAUCGGGUACAUCUACAGGACCUACCACGAGGAUUUUGACAAGUUCCUUGCUCUGUGUAACUCAGCCACCAACACGCCCCUCUGGGAAAUACCCUAUGAGUUCUACCCUGACCGUUUCGUCGAUAAUGAGCCACUGAAGAGACUGUCCCUGAUAUUCAGCAAUGGUUUGUGGAUUUGUUCCGGGAGAAAUUUGGCGUGGAUGGAGAUUUUUUUUGCCACGCUGGCGAAUGUCUUUAAUCGGUAUGAUUUGGAGCUGCCUGGGGACUCGCUGUUUAAGCCGAAUAUUGUCGAUAAGAACGGUUUGAUGAUUUUGAUGCCGAGUACGCGGGAUACCAUUGUUGUGGCGUCACUGCGCAAGUAA